UUUUCAUGCUCUUCCUACAAUCUCAAAUGCAACCCAAAGAAAUCUGGGUUGUGCUCUUGUCUAGCUCGAUGUGGAACAUCAUUCCCGGCACUUUCUCCAUGCCACCGCCAGGCAGGCGACCUUACCCUGAAAUGUCAAAUUUCUUCCCCCAAGACCUAAGCCCACAGCUUCCGAGCGGCGUGAAGGGUUCCCAGCCAGCUGCAGUUGUCCCAACCAAAAACUGGAACCAUUGGCUUUCUGACGAAGGGCUCGGGUUUCAUGAUUAUCAUCCCGAAACUUCUCAUCGUGAUUGGAACGGGAUUAUGAAUUUGAUCCCGACAACAGAACAGCGUUCGCCGGAACAGCACUUCAACACUAUGCGGCCAACUCAAUCUGAAGCCAUGCAAGACUCCACCAGUUUUUCGCAGCCAAAGCAAAUGGAGCUUUAUGAUCCGCAGUCAGAUUAUCUACCAGGAGAAGGUAGCCAUGAUUGCUUUCAAUAUAGCAAAUUGCUUUUGGACGGGAAUGAAGAGGAGUUUGUUCAAAAUCUAAUACUCCAGAAGCAUAGCCAUCAGCCGUAUACCCCUCAGCCGGCCGAGACAACCUCCCUAGUUUGGCCAAAUCAAAACCAUGGGCCAACUCAUGCAAAUCAGUUCACAUACGCACCCGGCUCCUUUCCAAGCCUAAUUUCGACGUCUCGAACAAUUCCAUCCAUGACAUUACCCCGGGAUCCAGACAUUACGAUUAUUGAACCUUCUAUUCAAACCGAAACACAACAACCAAACUCGAUCAAGCAGAAACGACUCGUCAGAAGGUUAAAAAGCCAAAAAAACGACCUCAUGGCCAAUCGAUGCACACGCUACCACCCAGGCCUGAUAAAAGGUUGAAAGGCCGACUUGAAGAGAUACUCUUGCUGUCCAAUACUCUUCUCUAUACAAAUCCAACUCGAGUUGAGCAUGCAUUCGCCACUCGCCUUGCAACAGCAUUUACGACUCAGCAGCAAGCCAAAAAGAUCUUCGCUGAGAAAUACCCGACUCUCCCCCUUGUACUUAU